UUUGUAGAACAUCAUUAGUUCGUUAGUGGAGGAGGUUUCCUCUAUAAAAAUCAAUGGCAUUCUGCGUUUUGGCAACAAUUACACAAUCGAGUUCUAACAGUGAAGUCUCCGUGAAGCAAUAGUACAAUGAAAGUUUUCGUCUGCAUUUUAGCCUCUUUGGUGGUAGUCAGCGCAGGAGGUGGUUAUCUGCCACGAGGCGGCGGCGGCGGUGGUGGCUUUAGCGGUGGUAGCUUUGGCGGCCAGGGUAGCUUUGCAAGCGCUUCCAGUCAUGCCAGCUCUGGUGCGUUUGCACAUUCGUCAGGUGGUGGUUUUGGUGGCGGAGCCGUGCGCUAUAGCGGCGGCUUUGGCAAAGGCGGUGGACGUGGCGGUAGCGGCUGGAAAAAUGCUGGUAGUGCCUUAGGCGGUGCUAACGUUUAUGGUGGCGGCGCAUCUUUGGGUGGAGCUGGUGGUUACGGGGUCCGCAGUGGUUUCGGCGGUGUACAUGGUAGUGGUAGAAAUAGUGGUUUGUAUGGCGGCGGUACCUCCAGUGUUUCCUUCCAUACCGGAAAUUCUUUGGGUAGCGGUGGUGCGGGUUCAUAUGGUGGCGGUGUUGGUCGCGGCAGUGGUUUAGGAGGUGGAGCAUAUGGACCUAGUUUUGGCAGUGCUGGACUCGGUAGUGGUUAUGGUAGCGGUGUCUCUUUAUAUGGUGCCUCUUCAUAUGGUCGCAGCGCUGCUGGCAGCUCUCACGCUGAUUGGGGUAUACCAGCUAACUUUGACUACAACGUUAAUCACGGCUCAUACGGUGCUGGUAAUGGUGGCGCUGGUUCAGGUGCAUAUGGUGGUGGUGCUUAUAGUGGCGGCGCUGGAUUAGGUGGUUUUGGCGGCGCCGGCGGUAAAUCAGGUUACGGUUAUUCUGCUGGUAGUAGCGCUUCAGCUGGCUCAGCCAGUUCAGCUGGUUGGUGGAAGAAUUAGUGCGAUGCCCUGACUGUGAUAUAUCAGAAAAGCUUUUAGUAAACACUGUAAUUCAGAAAGCCAAGAAUAAAUAUUUGCAAUAAUGUUUCGUUUACCGAAA